CUUCCGGUUCCUUGGCUGUGUACAAAUCGUCAUGGCCUGCACAGUUCGGAAGCGGAUGAGGUUAUAACGUCGGCAUUAACUUAACCAACUGCUGAGCCCGUAAACGCUUGACAUCAUGUACUUCGAUCAGGGUGAAGAAAGAGAACUGAAAGUUUCUGUUAUGUUCAAACGAGCUCAAGGAAGAAAGAAAGUCCUGACAUCAGUAAAUUGGAAAGAGAGAGUUUUUGUGUUAACGCCUAAAAAUCUUAACUAUUUUGAAGGCAGUUGCGAGGUAAAAUAAGGGGAUUAAUUUGCAUAUGUUAUCUUCUAACAAGGAACAGUAAUGAGCUAGUUUUUGUUAGUCGUGAUACUAUUUUGUUUUUAUAUUUUCGAUUGAAUAACAAAACGUUUCCUGGUUGCUAUUAAUGGCACUCAGUGCUUACGGAAACCUUCGUCUUAGGCUCCUCAAGGUAUUUGCUUUCAUUUUAGGUGAAAAAUCGCGCACUGCCCUAUCUUCCAAGUCCAUUGUCAAUAUUUGAUUCGAUAAUAAGUGCGCCAAAUCAAUCAAAUGAAUGUUUAUAUCGAAUGUGAACCCAUGAAGUGUUUCGAUAUUGGUUUAAUUUAGAUAAUUUCAUCGUUCUCCUUCAUCAAAUCUUUAAUAUUCAUGCGGAUAAUUAUGUUUAUAAUUUUUUUGAGAGAAAAGUAAAUAUGGAAUGUAUUACACACGCUACCUCAUAAGUCAAGGGUAUUUCUUAGAGAGAGGGACAUAGUCUUUGAAUUCUUGCACUUACGAUAAACAUGUAUUCUGUUUUGACAUGAACAUGUAAAAAUAAUCAGUUUUCUGUUGGCCAAACUGUUAGGCAUUUGUAACAAUGCGCCAUAACUAUGAAAAGUAAUGUUUAAAAGAUAGAUUCUUUUAAAUGUUAUGGUUUUACACCUUACAAGAGAAAUUUAAUGAGUACUGAACAACUUUGAUAGUAAGGUAAGAUUUGGAUUUUAAACAGUGCCUUUUUUAUAAAUGUCAAUUGAGAAUUUUUCUUUGUGCUCAGGAGUGUCAAUUUUUGUAAGUUUUGAUGUAAUCGAUGUACCAACUCAGUCAUAAUUAGGUUUGAUUGCUUCAAUUUGAAUGGAUUAAGUGUAAAACAGUUAGUGGGAAAACAUGACUUGCUCCAGAACUCUUGGAAAUUAUUCAUUUUAAUGUGUUUAUUUCUUUGCCCCUCUUAAUGCAUAAUUUCUGUAUUUUCCUUGAAUGCAGUUAUACAUGGUUGUUCCAAAAGGCAUAAAAAGAAUACUGUUAAGAUCAAAUUUCUUUUCUUUGGCAGAUGGUGGGACUUCCCAAAAUUUUUAUGUGAUUUAUCGUACACAUCUUAUUGUAGUUUAUUUUACUACCAAUAAUUCUUUUGGAGCUUUGAACAUUUUCCAAAUGAAAGUCACAGCCAUAAUUUCAGAAAUAGAAGAUCAAAGUUAACUGCCUUUUUUGAUAGUGUGAUAGGGGUCUUUAUAUCAAAAAGCUAAUAUUUCCCCUGGCAACUUAUGGUACACUGGUGUCUUUCUUUAAAUUUUAAUAUGUGACACCAACACCCUUGUUUUACUUUGGAUUGAUGUUAAUUGAGUGUCUAUGUAUCACAUGCACAUGCAUUGUGUAUUAAUAUGAUGCCUACAGUUACUUACUGAACUUCCAUUGUUUAACUUUCCCUAUUUAGUUCAUGUUGUCUUCUUUCAGAAACGUGGAAGAUGCAAGGGAUCCAUUCCUUUAAGUUCAGUAAAAGCUGUAGAGUUUGUUGAUGACACAGCAUUUGACCAAAACAAGAAGUUUUGCUUCUGCUUUCAAGUGUGUACACCAUUUUCUUUUUGUAUUUGCAAGCCGUAUGGUAAUUUAUUAUCUUACUCAUGUCAUCAAUUCCUUGGUAUAUCUUGGGUUUCCAAACUCAACUUUUUUGAAGCAACUCAAAAUCCAACCCUAAGUUAAAUGUAUUUCUGGUAACCUAAAAUAAGAUUUUGGUUGCCCUCUCAAAAAUGAAUAAAUCAAUGCCCACCUAACUGCCCCUCCCUGUAUGUGUAUAUUGUUUUAGUUUUUUUAUGUGAAAUAAAAUUACUAAUAGAAAUAGCCCGUGAUAAAGUUUACAAUAAUUAAAUUAGCAACUAACUAGAAGUAGCUGCAAUGAAUGAUGCAGCAUAACAGUUCAGAUAUUCUUGCAUAUGACCAUAUGAUGCAUUAGAAAUGGAAUCUGCUGUAGACAAGCACUUUGAUAUAUCUUUAAGGUGAUUCCAAUUCUGUGUUCAUUGUACAAGUACUUUCAGAAGGUAAUUAAAUUCCUCCAGUGUGUAAAACAAUGUGAAUGUAUGGCCAGGGAAUCUUCAAGGCUUAACAUUGUUUUACUGUAAAGGUGACCCACAGUUAGAGUAAUUAGUUGACCUUCACAUUACUUCACUUGUUUCUGUCUGUAGGUUGUUUAUGAUGACUUAGUCCUCUAUGUAAAUGCAAAAAGUGAACAAGAGAAGAAAGAGUGGGUAGAGGCUAUACAAGAUGGUACGUACUCAGAAAAUGUAGCAAUAGUUGUUAAAUGGCUUGGUUUGGUCAGAUUGUCAUACCAUAGGCUUGAUUUCUGUGGAUAUCCCUCCACUGGUCUUUGAUCCCUUCAGAAAGGUGAGCAGGCUCAUUUCCUGAACAGCAGAAAAUGAUGAAACUUAGCAUAUAUCACUGAGAAGAAAAUUCCUUUAAAAGAACGUGCAGUUACAUUGCUGUUAAACAGGUACUGAAUGCUAGGCAAUCACAAAGUUCAAGGAGCCAAGUUUAAAUACCAUAAGAUUGAUGGAUUUAUUUGUUUUAGACUUAAUCACACAUUGAAAAUUGCUCUAUUGAUAAACAUAUCUUAGCCAAGGAAUGUAGAUUCUAUCAUUAUUGGAUGGGUUUUAUUAAUCAUAGUAAGAUGUGUUUGUUAAAAAGUAUUCACCGAAUGCAAAUAUGGUGGACUACUUGGGAAGUCCAAGUUGAGUUGUGAGAAAGCAAGGCUAGUCAGUCUUCCAGGUUUGUGUUGACAAUGUGGCCCUGGAAAAGUAAUGCGUAGUUGUCAAUCUAUUCUGUUUUAUCUAUCUAUGCCUACAAGUGAUCAUGUUCCUGAAUAUCAUCUGAAGAGAAGAAAAUGUUACACUUGAGAGAAGGUUUCAACGUUUGAGAUUCUCUGUUCAUUUCUGAGUAAAAAAACAGUAUAUAUAUGCAAUUUGUUGAGGUGAAGGAAAGAAGUUGACAAUUGUAGGGGGAAUUAUAGUUUGUCCACAGGAUUUCAGGUGAGAAGAGGUAAGAAAAUGCUUACACAUACAAGUUUAUUUUCCAUCAAAUACUUCACAUCUGAUGCUGACAUAAACUUAUAAAAUGGCCCUCCAAAUAAAGCCAUGUUCAUAGUCAUAGACAACUUUUUAAAUCCAGGUGAGGAUGGGGAAAUAUUUGCUGCAGAGGUAUCUUGAGAGUUGUUCUGGAGGACUUUAAGGAUACUGACUCCAAGGAUGAGGACAACAUUACAUCUGCCAGAGGGGACACUUCUUAAAGCUUAACAAAGCUUGAAUCAGUUUAGGAAUUUUUUGUUUCAUGUCAUGUCUAAGGAGAGACUUUUCUGAGUGCCACCUAGCACACUUGAAUAGCGAAGUAUAGUGUAAAAGUCUUUUGAGGGAAAAUGAUCAGGAAGACAUUACCUCCUCACUGUCAUUUGGCUCAAAAUGUUUAUUAUGUAAUCAAUAAGGAUGGUUAAAAUUGACUGGCACCGUGAUUCUAAUGUAGCAUUUGUGUCUUGAUGAGUAGCACAGUCUCGCUGCCAUUUUGGACUCAAGUGCCUUUGCUAACAAAUAUCUUUGGGAAGGUUUUACCUCUAAAUCUCACACUUUCCACAAUAUAAGCUUAGUUAUCCUACUUCAUUUUGGUGUAAAGAAAACAAGGUUUGCGACAAAGUGAAAAUUGUAAAAAAAUAAAUAUUUCCUGAAAAUGCGUGAAUUUCUGGGUGUAAUGCGUAACAUGAAAUGUAUCAGACGGAAGAAAAAAAAUGAAAUAUCUCAAUAUAGAACGCACAUGGGGCCACUAUUUUUUGGCCGUUAGUAGUUUAUGACAAAAGCAACAGGCAGUAUGAUUUGCAACAAGAAUGGUUUAUUCUAACGCAAGUUAUAAACGUCUGUUUUUAUCACUGAACAAUGUAACGCUUGCAACUAUUAAAACAACCAUAGUGUGCAAAACUAGCAAUAAUGAUAAUUUCAACUGUGUAAGCAACAAACUAAUAACAAAAAUGUAAUGGGCAUACAUCAUAAUAUUUACAAACCAACGCCGAAGUUGAAUCGUCAAGUAGAAUGUUCACGAGGCGUGAGUGGCCCAGUGGUCAGAGCGCUGGACUCUGGGUCGGAUGGCCUGGGUUCGAGUCCUGGAUGGGACACUACGUUGUGGCCUUAAGCAAGUCACUUCACUCACCUUGCUUCGUCUUCUCGGAUAAGACGUUAAGCCGGAGGUCCCAUCUCCUGCAGGGUUUGGGGUAGGAGACGUUAAUUUCCCACGCACGAGAUUACUGUGUGAUGGAUGUCCUCCCCUGGGUUGGGUUGGGUGGGUUUGUAACUUGUAAGGCGCAUCUGAAUAUAUUCAUAUAGAUAUUUGCGCCGAAUAAGUAUUUAUUAAAUUAAAUUAAAUUAAAUGUUUUCCAGAUCAAAAUAAAACGCGCGGAAACACAUUUUGUAACGGCCAUAUUGAGCUUAAAACUCCCUUUAAAAGAAAAUGAGGAAAUCAUUGCUUCAAUGUGAACUAAUAAUUACAAAACCUCUUUUUUUCCAUUUUUACAUUGAUUUUCUUAAGAUUUUAUGAAAAACCAAAAAUGUGCCACGCCCAAAGGGAUUGUGGGUAAUACCAAAAUUAGUGUUAUUAAUGCAAAAUAAUAAAAAUAUUUACAGAUAUUGAUUACAAUGUACAUUUUGAUCAAAAUUAAAGUCAAAAAGUGAUAAAAAGUGAAAAAAUAAAAAAAUAGUUAUUUUUGAACUAUGUUACAGCAAAUGGCUAUGUGACUGUGCUACUCAUCUCUUGUACCUUUGGGGCAAGUGGUUUAGGAUGUAAAUAACUUCUUGAGGCUGAGGUUGUCUUUCAGGAGGAACAUUUAUUUUUCUUGGGAAAGAUACUGACUAGGCAAAUUGGCCAGGAACACCAAUAUACAAUAAACACCAAGUUUCCUAAGUAGGAAGGCUGAACAAAAAACCAAGUAUGCCUUUUAUGUUUCUCAUUACAGGUGUGAAAUUUUAGCCUUGGUUUUUACAUAGAUCACUAAAUGUGUGACUUUUUCACUAUUUAUAUUAACAAAAGAGUUCGUAUGCUAGUUGUAUAGGGAUAAUUGUUCUCAGUUCCAUACAUCCUUUUGUUAACUCUGAACCUUUUGGUGUGUCUUAUAACUGAAUCUUUUCAUGUAAUUUUCAGUUGGGAACUUGGUUUGACUAAGUUGCUAAGUUUGGGGUGCAUUUUAUAGCCAAGUACACCUUAUAACUGAGAAAGUGCAGUACAUGUAGAACAGAAUGUAUGGACAACAACUCCUUACUUUCCAACAGCCUUGCUUUCAAAACUGACUAGCCUUGCUUCUGCAUAACUCAACCCAGGCCUACAGAGUAGUCUGCCAUAUUUACAUUCAGUCUAUAGUUGUUUACAUGUAUUUCUUUAUCAAAAAAAAAAAGGAAGGAAAACUUGUAUUAAAUUGAUUGACCAUAACAUAAGUAUGAAGGUGUCUUAACUUUUCAUAAUAACUAGACAAUGAUAUUUCAAGUUAAUAACUUAAAAAUAGAACUAUGAACUUAUUUUGGAACUUGUUUGAGGCACUGGUAUUUAAUUAUGGUAGAUACAUAUUAAGUAGUCCCAGAAAAUAGCCAUACCACCUCCUGAAGAGGUACUGAAAAGGUACCUCAAGAUACUAGUCAAAUGUCCUUUACCAUUCAAUUGUGAGGAAGGGAACUGUUUUAACAGCAUUUCUGUCAUAACCUUUUUUUUUACUUGUAAUGCAAGAGUGCCGUUGUAACAAGUUUCUCCUCUUGGAAUAUCAUCCUGGAGUAUUUAUCAACAAAUGGUCAUGCUGUGAAGGCAAAGAAAAGACCACUCCUGGCUGCAAGGAGUCCUUUGCUGCACAAGAGAGAAACAGCUAUCAAGGGGGUGAGUUGUUUACAUUGAUAAAGAUUACUACUGCCAGUAAUAACUUGUUGGAUUAUAAUGUGAGCACCUGAGUACUACAGUCAAAGCUGUAUUAUUCGGUCAGCCGUGGGGAAUAGCGGGGUGACUGCUUAAUACAGGUUGACUCCACAGAAUAGGGGUCAAAAGCAAUUUAAAACACCAUUUUGCCCUAACAUUCAUACGAAGAAAGAUAAUCUGCAAUAUGUUGAGGGCAUUUGAAGUGCUAUCACUGAUUUUUGGGCAAUAAAUAAUUUUAAAAAUUUUAAGUGACAGUUCAAUACAAACAGGCUGUUUGGACUCAGUGAAGGGUGCACACAACUGCUAGUUAGAGGUGACUACUUAAUACAGGAGAAAAUUAUAGUAUCUAAGGGAAACAUUUUUGGGACUUUGGUAAUGGAUGGCUUAAUACAGUGUGACUGCGUAAUGAGGAGUAGGGUAUCACAGAAGGAAAAAAAAAAUUGUUCAAUUUCCUGAAAAUUGAAUAUCUUUUAAAAACACUAAAUAUCUAUCAAGUUCUGAAAAUUUUAUUUUGGUAUCUUUUUUACUUCAGAAGAUAUAAAGCAAAAAGUAAUUUGAGAGUAGAACAGAAGGCACGAGGUUGAUGACACUUCAUGUCAACUUCAUUUUGUCACCUAAUUAACAAUUGCCAUGAAUGAUUCACAAUACACACUGUGAAGUAGUGAAAUUGCUCAUUCGUCAUCAAGUCUACUUACAUUAGUUCUUUCCAAAGGGCAGAGACAUUGUCAUCCUGGAAAAAAAGAAAAUCAAUUUGCAGUUUGCAUUGGAGGGGAAAUAUUGUUCAAUGAUAGUGAAAAGGGUUCCUACUAGACUUAAGAGAUUCAGUGGCCAGAGUCUGUUUUAUUUAAGUUUCAGUAGGGACUAGUGGCAGUCCACAAUCAUUUAGGUAGCAUUGCACUUUGAGCAUCAAUCAUUGAAAAGUUGUGUUGUAUUUCAUGUAUAGCUCUCCUUCUUCAUCCUGACCUCUUUCCUCCUCUUUUUUGCUGGUUUAAGCACCUUCCAUAUUGACACAAAUGACUACAUAUUCAUGUGUGUUACACUUAACCUUCUUGACCUAACUCCUUACAAAUUGUGUUUGCUCUUUGUCUUCUGGCAUGCAUCUGCACCAACAAACAAAACAGUGUCAAAUGGCUUGCUCCAAUGCGAUUGGGUGACAGCCUUCAGAGGUGUGGAGUGGAAAUAUAUUUAUGUAAACAAACACCAACACCCCAAAAAAUUUCAACUCACUUUUUCUGGUAGGGUGUUUUGGCUUGAGGUGUGAUCUUUGAAGAAUUUAUUCUUGGCUGAUAUUUGGUCAAUUUUCAUGAAAUGUGGAGAUUAUGUCAGAAAUAUAUGGAACCCCAAUAGUAUCUCCUGGAUUUUCAAUUUUUUUCCUUCUUUCUAGAGAUAUAUUGUUUACAGUGAAAAUUCUGCUCAAAAGUGCUACUUUGAAGUUAAAAAAAUGAUAAAGAAAUAACAAGGCUUUCAAAUGCAAAUCCCGGACAUGUUUUUUAAGGUCAAUAUGUGCAGAUCAUGUUCCAUUAAAAAGGAAACCUGUUGAUUAAAAUGCAUCAUCAAAUAAACUUUGCUUGAGAAACAUCUCAGCGUGAAUGAACAUGCUCCCAUUCUGUAUCAUGGUAAAAAUUAUGAAAAUAAAUUUUAUUAUCUAAAAAUCCGUUUUUAACUGUAAGGAAAUGUAUACUUAUACUGGGUUAGGGCAUAUAGUUUUCAAUCUUUCUCAGUUUGACUGAAAAUGUUAAUUUUCUUUCUGUGAUAAUUGUUUUAUUUUUCCUUAUGCUGCAGGUAGACGAUACACAGAGAAUUCAAGGACAUCAAAUUUUAUAACUUCCCAGCCCUUACCUCCUAUUCCUCCCACAUCUGUGAGUAUCCAAACUGAUACUUGCAACAUAGAUUUGAACCUUGUCCAUUGAUAAUCCAAAAAAAAAAAUUUUUAUCAUUUUACCAUUCAUAGUGAGGUUUUAUUGAAUGAAAUACCAUUACUUUGUGUUAAUCAUUUUCUUCAUUAUCAACUAAAGGUAAUGAACUAGAUGGUUAUGCAUGAUGAAGAGGUUUACCUUCAGUUUACCAACUAUUUUCAAUGUAAACUGAUUACACCAUUCAUUUUUAAAAUUUUUUUUGUCUUAAUUUGCAAUUAUAUUGGAAAUUGAUGCAGAGUCAAGGACAGCCUCAGCUGGAACAGAAAGCAAAGAGAGAACAAGAAAAGAAACCACCUGAAGUUGUUGUGGCCAUUUAUGAUUUUCGUGGAGCUGAACAGGGUGAUUUAUCACUCCUCAAGGUUACUGUGCCAUUAUAUGCAUAUUUGAGAUUUUUUAGAUUUAAAUGCAAUCACAGUUACACCUUUUAGAAUGCAGUUGACUUAAUCUUUACUAAACUCAAAGUUCUAAAGAAAUUGUGGUGCUGUGUUGGUGCGGGGUAUUGAAAUAUCAAUUGCCCCUGUAAAGAGAUUCUAAAGUUCAAUUGCUCGUCAGGAGUGCUUUUAACUUGGAAACUGUUUUUUCAUGUUUUUGUUAUGAGCCUCACUUCAAUCCCAUGCUUUGUCUCUUUAUCAUAACUUUCUGUCUUUCUGAUAAUUACUGACUAGUUUCCAACAUACUGAGAUGUUGCUGUCAUUGGAUCACCAUUAAUUUAAUAAAUUUAUUGUUGGAAGGUCUUUAAAGACUUUAUUUUCAGCAACAAUAAAAAAAAAAAAAACGAACAAACUAGGUCAACAAUAACAUUUUUCAGGUCAGUUUUGUGAUUUAAUAUUCACCUCUUAACUUUACACCAUAGAAGCUUAGCAUUAAAACUAAUUUGCUUGUUACAUGAAUGCUGAACACAGGACAUAGGAUUAGCCUCUUUCACUACAAACUUAGUCUAACUUUUCUGUUCUAGGUUGGUGCUGUACACCAAUACAUACUGAAAAAUAUUGAGUAUAACAUAAAUGGGUAUUGAUAUCUGUUUCUUUCCUGAUGUUCUCUUGCAGGGAGAGAAUCUUAUUGUUAUUGAUAAACAGUCAGAUCACUGGUGGAUAGCCAAAAACUCAAGAGGGUUUGUUUCUUUGUUCAUCUUCAAUUACUUCGAGUAGCCUGGCCAGGUGUAAGAUGAUAAUCACUAUGGACAGUGUCUGACUUAGAUUUUCCGUUGCAGAAAGACAAUACUUUUGAAUCACAGAUUGAAAGAUCAUCUCAUCGACAGAGAGUGCAUUUCCCAGUAUCUUAAAUAUCUUGCUAAUUCUCGUGAAAAAAUGUUUUUGUCCAUGGAAGGCAGGGGAAUCAAGAAAGUUAUCUCCUUGAAGUUUAUAUAAGUUUUGGUUUAUGUGCACCAUUUGUGCAACAACAGCAAUAGAGAAGAGACUAAAUGAAACAGGAAAAAAUGGGGGUAGACUGUUAGGGGAAGUGAACCAAAAUCAGGAUUAUACUGUAGACUUGUAGAGGUUGUCAUCUCUGCAAUGGUAACCAGUCAAUUCGCCGACGGACCAACUCGCCGACGCCAACUCGCCAACGCAUAAAAUCGAGUAGAGACGUCGGCGAGUUGGUCGUCAAUCCAAUACAACUUAUUAGAAGUUAAACAUACAGAAAAGUAAACGAUAUUUAGUAAAAAAACACUGGUGAACAUUGGUGAACAUCUCACAGAAGCUUAAACAUUGGUGAACAUUGGUGAACAUCACCAAUGACUAUAACAGCUUAAGACGCGAACGAGAUAAUUAUUGUGCGACAACAACACCGUAAAGACUCAUCAUGUCAAUCGCUCAGAUUUUUUAACGAAAACUUGGCUUUCUAGACAAGAUCUUAGUAAAAAGCAUUUCUUUUUAUUUGCAACAAAGUUUAUAAGGAUCUCAAGGCGAAAAAAGGGAAGUAAACAUCGCCAAUGACUCAAACAGCUUCAAACGCGAACGAGUUAUUGUGUGACAUCAACACUGUAAAGACUCAUCAUGACAAUCGGUCAGAUUUUUUAAGAAAACUUGGCUUUCUAGAUAAGAUCUUAAGUAAAAAGCAAGUCUUUUUAUUUGCAACAAAGUUUAUAAGGAUCUCAAGGCGAAUAAAGUAAAGUAAACAUCACAAUGACUCUAACAGCUUCAAACGCGAACGAGUUAUUGUGUGACAACAACACUGUAAAGACUCAUCAUGACAAUCGGUCAGAUUUUUUAAGAAAACUUGGCUUUCUAGAUAAAAUCUUUAGUAAAAAGCAAUUCUUUUUAUUUGCAACAAAGUUUAUAAGGAUCUCAAGGCGAGUAAAGUAAAGUAAACAUCGCCAAUGACUACAUCCGCUUCAGACGCGAACGAGUUAUUGUGUGACAACAACACCGUAAAGACUCAUCAUGUUAAUCGCUCAGAUUUUUUAACGAAAACUUGGCUUUCUAGACAAGAUCUUUAGUAAAAAGCAAUUCUUUUAAUUUGUAACAAAGUUUAUAAGGAUCUCCAGGCGAAUAAAGUAAAGUAACCAUCGCCAAUGACUACAUCCGCUUCAGACGCGAACGAGUUAUUGUGUGACAACAACAUCGUAAAGACUCAUCAUGUUAAUCGCUCAGAUUUUUUAUGUUAACGUCGCUUUAUUCGCCUUGAGAUCCUUAUAAACUUUGUUGCAAAUAAAAAGAAAUGCUUUUUACUAAAGAUCUCGUCUAGAAAGCCAAGUUUUCGUUAAAAAAUCUGAGCGAUUGACAUGAUGAGUCUUUACGGUGUUGUUGUCGCACAAUAACUCGUUCGCGUCUUAAGCUGUUAUAGUCAUUGGUGAUGUUCACCAAUGUUCACCAAUGUUUAAGCUUCUGUUAGAUGUUCACCAAUGUUCACCAGUGUUUUUUUUACUAAAUAUCGUUUACUUUUCUGUAUGUUUAACUUCUAAUAAGUUGUAUUGGAUUGACGACCAACUCGCCGACGUCUCUACUCGAUUUUAACGUCGGCGAGUUGGUCCGUCGGCGAGUUGACCGUAAUUCUCUGCAAUGAUCAAUAUAUUCCACUUGAUGAAAUCUUUUGAGUUUUGUACAUACUUAAGUUUUCUAGAUGUCAGGUGACAGUAAUGGGUAGUCACAAACAAAAGUCUAAUGUCACAAUGACAGUAAUUUCAACUUUAUGCUUCAAGUCAUGGCAUCCAAGAGUGCAUGUUCUCUUAAAAGAUGACAGCCCAUAAUUCUGGGUAAAUUUGAAGUUGGAAAGAUAAGAUUGUAACAGUUUACGUGUAAUUUCCAGAAAACAAAGUGUAGAUCUGUAUGGUAAAUCUAAACUUGCAAUUGUUUUUAUUAUCAACUGUAAAGUAUCAGAAAACAUAAGUCAGUCUCAAGUUUAUUUCAUAUAGAUGUGAAAGCAAUAAACAAUGAAGGUAGGGGUAUGUCAUGGCUUUAUUACAAAGUUAACAUUGAUUGGUCCUUUUUUCAUGCGAGGCAAAUUAUAAUUUACAUAAUGCUACAAACAAAUGUUUAAUUUCAGGGAACAGGGUUACAUUCCUAGUAAUUAUGUUAGAAGACAAGGGUUGGAAAGUGAAAGGUUUGUUUUAUUUUUUUAUUUUUAUUUUCUAUUUGUGCAAUUUUGUUAAUAUUUAGCAAUAUCCCUAUGGAAAAUAGAGAAAUGAUCAAGGGUGUGAUCUUCAAUUGUGAUCACCCUAUAAUAAUUGAUAAAAACUGUUAAUAACUGCAUGGUAAUUAUGGCAUGAUCACUAAACAAAUUGUGAUCAGAAAUCACCAGAAUAGGAGCAUUACCAGAUCAAGUGCAUUUUAAACAACAAGCAGGUUUUUAAGGAUCUUUCCUGACUUUUUCCCCUCCUAUCAACAUGGAUAACAAAACUGAUAUCUUCUAUUUUCUUUUUUUAUAUUUUGGAACUCCAAAUGAGUUAAAAUAGGCCAAAGAAUACUAUCAAGUUCUCUUGAAAAAUUGAUAUCAGUCCUUGAAGGGAAGAAAUAAGCUUUGGGCUUCUUGUUGUAACAUCUAAUGAUGGCAGUAAGUGACUUGUCAUUUUCAAUAUUAUUGCUUUUAGUUGGUUCCAGCCUGAAAUGUCAAGACAAUUGACUGAGGAUAUUUUGAAGAAAGAGGUGAAUACAUGGUUUUACCUCAACUUUCUGCACUGACUUCAGAUUUUUCCAUAUGCAAAUAUUAAGUUUUUUACCUUAAAUUGUAUUUCAUAUACUAUUUUUAAAUCAUGCAUUUUUAGGUGAAAACAAAUCAAACAUCUAUAUUUCAGGGAAAAGAGGGUUGCUUUGUGGUUCGUAAUUCAAGCAAAGAGGGAAUGUACACAUUGUCAGUUUUGUGAGUGCUGUCCUUUUGGUUACAUUUGAUCUAAAAGUGUACUGUGUUAGAUCCUUAAAUGGCCUGUUUUUAUGUAUCACUUUAUUUUCUUUAAUGUUUUUAAGGCAUGGUGAUCAUGUUCGUCAUUACCACAUCAAGAAAGACAAUGGUCAGCUUUACAUAUCAGACAGACACCGAUUUCCCACUGUGCCUGAACUUAUCAACUACCAUCAACAUAAUAGUGGAGGUACUUUAUUAUCCUCUUGUUAGUUACACAUUUUAACUUGUGAUGUUUUGGCAGCACAUCAAUUGCAUGUUUAAGUAGAAAUUCUAAUGAUUUUUAAACCUACUAUAACAAUGAGUGGCAAAACACUUGUCAUGCUGUUUUAUUUUUUUAAUUUCUUCUAUAACUUUCAUUGUUUUCCCCUCACCCCCAUUUAAUUGCUGCCUGAUAGUGUUAACAGAAUCUUCAACUUGACAAAUCGACAAUGGUUUAGCAUGGUCAGUACUCUUAUUGACAAUGCUAUUCGUCAUCACAGCGGUCAAAAUGUUGUGGACUCUCGAGGUGCAGCCAAAUGAGUCCACUCAUGCUUGCAAUUGGACAGUGUACCAUAAAAACUUGUGUGUAAACUGUACUUGUGUAUAAGCUGCACCCCAACUUUCAAGCAUGAUUUUGAAAAAAAAAAACCUCAAAAAAAGCAGUCUUGUAAAAAAAAUUUGGUCUUUUGUUCGCAGAUGUUCACAAUAAACUUGACAUAUGUAAAGUUGUGUAUUUGCAGCAACUUUAAUAAGUUAUUCAACUCUGAAAAUACCUUUUAAAAGCUUCUCUCUAAUCGAUUUUCCUAUUCCCUGUGACUGACAACAAUUGUCUUCAUUACACAACUGAGAAUAUACGAAAGUCUUAUAUUUGAACUACGGAUAAAGACGUGAAUAUGAAAGCGAUCUUCACAGUAAAGAACACUACUGAGCAGUAGUGCUUAAGUAGUGUUCCUUACUGGGAAGAUCACUUUCAUAUUCACUUAUUUAUCGGCAGUUCAAAUAUAUGACUUUCAUAUAUUCACAGUCAUUUAUUCACCAAACCUUCACGGGUUUAUAUGGAACCAGUAUAACGACCAGCUCCCAGUUGGCUUGUUAGCUCAGUUGGUAGAGCACUACACUGGUAUCGCAGAGGUCAUAGGUUCAAAUCCCAUACAGGCCUUAAUUUCACUUCUGCUUAAGUAGUGUUCCCUAUUGCGACGAUCGCUUUCCUAUUCAAGUUGUCUUCAUUGCUAAAGCUCACAACUCAGAUGAAAACGAUGGAAUUUGAACUUAGCCUACGUGUAGCUGCACCCUCCCUCCCCAAAGGUGAAAUGGAGGCUCCCUCCCCUCUGUUUCACCUUUGGCAGGGGAGCAAAAUAUUUGCUUGGUAACCACACAGUCAUUGAACGAGGGAAGUCUGGACAAAUACUGGACCACUCAAGACUGUAUUUUACACAAAUGAAUGAUAUUUUUGUAAUCAUUAUUGUUGAAAAAAGCAAAAGCUAAUCAUUUUUUGCAAAAAAAGAAAGAACUAUUUACAUGAGCAUUCUUGAAAAAUUCAUUUUAUCAGCCAGUGUUCUAUGUUCAAUGUUCAACUACUAUAAUUAUAGUUGCUUAGUUAGAAACCACAAAAGUCCUUGCUAUCAACAACAGAUUUCAAUGUGUUUAGUUGUUAUUCACAAAAGAUUCUCAGUUCAAUUUAUGCCCGCUACAAGCCAGUGUACUCCUUGUGAAAGCAAUGGUCUCGUGUAUAAGCUGCAUCCAGGAUUUUUGGCCCAAAACUUAUGCAAAAAGGUACAGCUUAUACACAGGUCUUCACAAUAAAUAUAUCACAGGUUUAUUUGGAACUAACAUAAUGACCAGCUCCCAGUUGGCUUGUUAACUCAGCUGGUAGAGUGCUGCACCAGUAUUACAGAGGACAUGGGUUCAAAUCCUAUACAGACCUUAUUUUCACUGCUGCUCAAGUAGUGUUCAUAACUGCAAAGAUUGCUUCCAUAUUCAUUUCUUUAUUGCAUAUAUAUAGUUCACAUAUAUGAUUUUCAUAUAUUCAUUGUCGAAAUUGCUUGUUUUACACACAUUUCUCUUGAUUGUUAUUAUACACUGUACACCUGUAGGUGGUCUGUUUGUGUUAGUUUUUAAUCACUAAGACAGGACAUGCAUCCCUAAAAAACACACCUUAUUAGUGCUUCAUUUUUCACUCCAAAUUUUACAUGACUGUUUGACUUAUCUCUGUUUUCUUUUUUUACCUUUUUAGGCUUGGUGACAAGACUACGACAACCACCUUCAUUUGGUCAAGCACCUGUUGCAGCAUUUGGCCAUGGUAUGUGGAUACAUUUAUAAUGACUUCAUACAGUUUUUAUUUAAAAUAAAUCUGCAAAUAAACAAUUGUCAAUUUUGUUUUAUUUGGGAAGAAAAGAAUGGACAUUGAAGGCUAUUUUAUAUUAGCAGAGUUAGAAUUAAAGAUUAAACAUGGGAUUACAUUUGGGAGUCUCCCCUUAAAGAUACACUAUUCGUGAGAAACUGAAAUUUCAGAAUGUUUAACAUUUUCAGAUUGCUGUGCUAAAAUUUUCUAUAAAAAAGCCGAAUGUUGACAGGUUGAUUUAGAUGGGAGAUGUUGUUGCUGAUAAAUAGGGGUCUGAUGUAUAGAAGGUUUGGCAAGUAUAUAGUUAAGAGGUUUGGUGAAAAUUAGAGCAGUGUAUUGUGAAGUUGAUUUGGGAUCAAAUCAGUUGGUGCAUAAACAUUACUGUAUUUGGUUUCCUUAUGUUUCUUUAAUGCUUUUUUUUCUAUCAUAGAUAUAUGGGAAAUUCCUAGAUCAGACAUUGUCCUUGGCAGAGAGCUAGGUACAGGACAAUUUGGGGUAGGAAUGAACUUUCCUUGAAGUCCUAAUUAUCAAACUGACCACAAGUUUUCAUUGUCUAUACACUUAUUUACAGCAUUUCUGUACCAUCAAUGCACAUUAUAAAUUUAACCAUUACCCAUGGUGUUGUUCCAAAUGAACUAAAAAUUGCAUGUGUUGUUCCUAUUUUUAAAGCUGGAGAUCAAAAUCUUUUAACUAAUUACAGACCUGUCUUGAUUCUUCCUUGCUUCUCAACAUUCUUAGAAAGGGUUAUUGUAUACAGUCAUACUUGUUUAUAUCAGCAUCUACAAAAUCUGGAUCAAACCAGAUCGCAUCAUGAACCAAAUCACGGAUUAGAUCAUGGAAUAAUGAUACAUAGAAAAUAAGAGUAAAAAAAAAGAAAGGUAAAUGCAUUAAUUGAAAUUAGAAAUGUUGCUUGACAAGCCAAAACAAAGUCUCCAUAAUAUAAUGGAGAGUAGUUCCCAUUGAAAGUGUUUUUGCCUGAAAACUCCAUAUAGUCACUUUCAUUUUUGUGCAGUACCGCCAUGCAUGAAGGCAAGGGAGAGGCAUCUCUAUUUUAAUGAAGACAUGUUAGGUUUUUUUAACUUUUAUUUUAUUUUUCUUAUUAUCAUUAUUAUUGUCUCAGUACAAAUGACCAUGCAAAGGCUCCAGGCAAGUGAAACUUGAACUGGGUGCUAUUUCUUUAGGUUGACUUCCUUGUAUGACAGCACAAGAUUUCCCUCUUGUAGUCAAGACUCCACACAAGGAAACAUGACUUAAACUGUUUGCAACUAUUUCAAUGCAUGGUAUACAAAUUCUUUAUUUGCAAUUCUCUCAUUCAUUCACUGAUCUUUUAGCACUUGGGUAGUGAUUAUGCCAGAAAUUUCAAGCUAUACAACAACUUGAGUCAAGCUCCUGCAUAACUCGCCUACAUCCAACUGGAUUAUUUAAACCUUGAAAUGCAUAGGGUUACUAACAUGCCUCUUAGGUCAAGAAGCCUCACUUAGUCAAAAAGCUUCGUUGUACUGGCUCUAUACCAAAUUUACCUCUCUUGGUGAGACCCAAAAAGCUGUCUAUGGAAGCAAGAGUUUUCAUAGAUCAACAGAUGCGUAGGAAUGAUGAGAUGAUGAGCACAAAGAUUUCAAAGAAGCCAGCAAAAGGUGUAAUUCUUGUUAGUUUGUCCACAGUGUGAAGAUCACAACAGCAGCAAGGCUGCACUCUGCAGCAAGAAAUGCUGUUACCAAAGCCACUGAAUACAUAAAUUUUGGUUUUUUUUCCUUUGGUUUUCUUUCCUUCUUGGAAAAUUUGAACAUCUCUGUCAGUAAGCGAUACUAAUUUUUCAGAGUUUUUGGCUGCUAUUAUCCGAGAGAAUGGUGAAGGCUUUCCAGUUCAUUCAUAGAAUAUAAUACAAGGCAGUGCAUAGAUAUGGAAUUUUUCUUUGAGUGUUUAAAUCAAUAGCUCACAAGUGAAUGCAGUGAAUGAGUGAGAUGUCAAGUUGAACAUGAGAAGAAGAAAUUUAAUAUUUACAAGCAACCAUGUAUUAUGUUGUUUAUCAUAUAAACGCAAUAGCCCUUUACCAAAAAGAAAUGUUUACUUUAUUAAUGAAUGAAAAUAAAAGGGUCGACACUCUGAAUACAAAUUGUAAAGUGCGUUGGUGCACAUAAGAUGAAAAUGUGUUGAAUCAGUACAAAAACAAAUAGUGGGCCUAAUUUUCAAUAUACAGUUACUGUAUAAUCUAACCAACAGAAAAGCACCACAACCUUACAAACUCAACUACUUUGAUAAACAGUGAGCAAUGUUCUUAGCAAGUAGCACCUACUUGAAGCAGUACAAUACUUAUUGUUAAUAAACUUAAUUAAACCCACCACAGUCUAUAUCCUAGCUCACCACUGACACAAUCUCACUGCUCUCUCUAAAGUUCCUUGAAAUAAGUGAUCUUUUGCAGUCACUCUCUUGGUGUAGCUUUCUAAACAGUUGUUGCUCCGACAACAACAACUACUCCUACUACUACAUAAGUGAGUCUUUAUAUAUGUAUUCAUAAAGUGUUCUGGAACAUUCCAGAAGCUUACAUAAGAACUAUUUUGGUAGUAUUACUUAAUAAAUGCAUGACUUGAUGAAAUGUUUUGGAAAGUUGUACUGUAUGCAAGUCAGCAAGACUCAGCAGUCUGGAGAUUGCUAGAAGCUUAUAUUUACAUCAAUUACUCAUGACAAAACAAAAUUAUCAGUUAUUGAAUUGGUCCUUGCUGACAGAAGAAAUCUUUCAGGUACACAGUGAAAAUUGGCUGG